AUAUUAUCCAACUUCCACAUCAUAAGUCUUAAAAAAAUUUGUUGGGGGUAUUAAAGUCAUUUAAUCCUAAUCUACAGUUCCUUUCCCCUGUGGGAGGUAGCUCCUCCUCGUCUGUCUGAAACCUUGCCAUUUAUCCAAAUCCAAUUCAUGAGCUCCACCAUCUGCUUUCCAUGGCUGUAGUAAAUUCCAGUAAUACCCCUGAGCCCCAUAACAACCGUAUCAAGCUCAACGUCGGUGGCAAACUCUUCGAAACAACCAUCUCAACGAUCCAAUCAGGAGGUCCAGAUUCACUUUUGUACGCUCUGUCAAACCGCCCGACUCAGGACCCGAACCCGAUUUUCAUUGACAGGGACCCAGAUGUAUUCUCUGUGCUCUUAUCUCUCCUUCGUUCGAAGCGCUUCCCCUCAACUGCGAGCCGAUUUUCUAAACAAGAACUGGUUGAUGAGGCUCUCUACUACGGCAUUGAGUCGCAGCUAAGAUCGGCGAUGUCUCCUCCUCCGUUUCAAGGCAUCGACGCGUCCGUCGUUUGCACCGUCUGUCCCGCAGCCGAAGCCCUACCUUCUGCCUUCACAGCGGCGGCCGAUGACGGAUCCCUUUGGAUCGGUCAUGGAGGUCAGAUAUCCGUCUACGAUUGGAACUUAUCUCACUCCAGCACCAUACGUACCCACCUAGAAGACAUAACAUCAAUACGACGCGUUUGGCCUGACGUGGCCGCCGUCGGUUCUGAUUCCUCCGCCGGUAUAAACUUCUACGACGUCUCAGGCGCUCGCCACGUGGCGUCCACUCACUGGACGGACUCGUCCGAUCCGAGGAUCUACAGAGCACGAGUCGUCGCCAUUUCAGACUCCCCCAAUUCCAUCCUGGCGUCUUUCGUGUGCCAACACAAAGAGAACUCCGUCGUAACGAUUGACAAAUCAACGCUCCAGAUUUCAUCCGAGCUCGGAAGACAAUCCGGAAACUCGUCAAAAACCACCGUUCCCGGAAAGCUGACGUGGAUCCCGGCAACCGGCCUCAUCCUAGCAAGCUCAGUCACCAGCGGGGCAUUCGGUUAUUCCGGAUACAUAAGAAUGUGGGACCCACGUUCGGGAGAGGUGGUAUGGGAAACGAACGAGCCUGGUUCGGGCCGAAGCAGUAGAUUCGGAGACUCAUUCGCCGACGUGGACGUGGACCUGGACAAAUUGUGUCUGUUCAAAAUAUGCUCGAAAUCCGGCGAUCUGGGGAUGGCUGAUUUGCGUAAUUUAGGGGAUGAUCCGUGGGUAUAUAUGAAAGACAGAAGUCAUAAUAUAAGAAAUUUCAGCGAGGCAGGGAACUGGUACGGUGGAAAUACGACGAUACAUUGUUAUCAAAAGCAAGUGUUCGUGGGAAGUGAAGGGGGCUUGGAGGUCUGGUCCAGGGUUGAAGAGGAAGAAAGAGGAUUGUAUAAAAGGAAUUUUGUGGACAAAGUGGAGGAUUCAGAGAGAGGAGUGAUAAGAAGAAUUGAAGGUGGUGGGAAUAGAUUGUUUGUCAGUAGACAAGAUGUUGAAGGGAUAGAAGUUUGGGAAAGUUCAUAUUUUUCUGGUCUGGUUUCAGUUCUGUGAUAAAAUUGUCAAUGGGGUCUCGAUGAGAGACUGUAUUUUUUGUAACGUUCAUGACCAUGCUUGAAUGUAGAUUAAGAGAGAAGCCCUUUUUUUUU